GCUUCUCUCGCGAGGACGGACGCCAUUAUCGCAUCUCCCCGACAAACACCACGAGAAUUCCGCAGCCCACACGGUUAUUAAAAGCUGACCAGCCUUUCCCAAUUGGAAUUUAUACUUGGCUGCUGUGAUAAUUGAACCUUACUGCAUGAUUCUGGAUGAUGUCAGAACAGGAUUUGGCCGAUGUGGUCCAGAUUGCCGUGGAAGACUUGAACCCUGAUCACCCAGUUGUGUUAGAGAAUCAUGAAGUCACAGAUGAAGAGGUAGAGCCUCCUUUGAAACGCCAGCGAAUAGAAAUCAACUGCCAGGAUCCCUCCAUAAAGUCAUUCCUGUAUUCAAUUAAUCAGACAAUAUGCUUACGAUUGGAUAGCAUUGAGGCCAAACUGCAAGCCUUGGAAGCCACGUGCAAAUCGUUAGAAGAGAAACUGGACUUGGUCAUGAACAAGCAGCACAGUCCCAUCCAGGUGCCCAUGGUGGCUGGCUCUCCCCUUGGCGCCACCCAGACGUGCAAUAAAGUGCGCUGCGUCGUCCCCCAGACUACAGUAAUACUGAACAAUGAUCGACAGAACUCCAUUGUAGCCAAGAUGGUUGGGCAAGAAGAACCUUUGAGCAGGGCAACGGAUUCCCUGGAAAAUAUCCUUAGCAAUGCUGUUCCUGCACGUAGGCAAAACACCAUAGUGGUGAAGGUUCCAGGCCACGAAGAUAGUCACAAUGAAGACGGGGAGAGUGGAUCAGAGGCCAGUGACUCUGUUUCCAAUAGUGGACAGUCAGGAAGCCAGAACAUUGGAAACAAUGUUACUUUGAUUACGUUGAAUUCAGAAGAGGACUACCCUAACGGCACGUGGCUUGGUGAUGAGAACAAUCCUGAGAUGAGGGUUCGAUGCGCGAUCAUCCCUGCUGACAUGCUGCACAUUAGCACCAAUUGUCGAACAGCAGAGAAGAUGGCGUUAACAUUACUUGAUUAUCUUUUCCACCGGGAAGUUCAGGCUGUCUCCAACCUCUCUGGGCAGGGAAAACAUGGGAAAAAACAGCUUGAUCCCCUCACCAUCUAUGGAAUUCGUUGUCACCUUUUUUAUAAAUUUGGAAUCACAGAAUCUGACUGGUAUCGAAUCAAGCAGAGUAUUGACUCCAAGUGUAGGACAGCCUGGCGGCGAAAGCAAAGAGGGCAGAGUCUUGCAGUCAAAAGCUUCUCCAGGCGGACACCUUCUUCAUCAUCUUAUAGUGGCUCAGAGAGUGUUCAGAGCACAGCAUCUGCUUCCAAUGAGAUUCAGCAACCCCAGCCUCAGGCAUUGCAUUACACACUUGCCAAUGCCCAGCAGGUCCAGAUCCACCAAAUUGGCGAAGAUGGGCAAGUACAAGUAAUUCCACAGGGACAUCUCCACAUAGCUCAAGUUCCCCAAGGGGAUCAAGUCCAGAUAACACAAGACAGUGAGGGCAAUCUACAGAUUCAUCAUGUUGGACAAGAUGGGCAGGUGUUACAAGGUGCUCAGUUGAUAGCCCUAGCCUCUGCCGAUCCAGCCACUGCAGGAGUCGAUGGGUCACCUCUCCAGGGAAGUGAUAUCCAGGUCCAGUAUGUCCAACUGGCGCCAGUGACUGACCACUCAGCCACAAAUCAAAGCACGGAUGCCCUUCAGUCCACUCUCCAGCCAGAAAUGCAGAUUGAGCAUGGCGCCAUCCAGAUCCAGUGAGGCAGAAGGGGGGACCGAGGGGCUGCAGAUCCAGGUGCCCUGGCUGUGCUGAUUGGCCGUGGCUUCCAUCCAGAGACCUGAGGGGGAAGUGAUCACCACCCUUACUGGCUGGCGAUUCCCUGGAUGUGAUCAUUGUUCUGAAACCAUGUUGUCCUCAUGGUUUAAUGCAUGGGAGGUCAAUACGCGCACACACACACACACACACACACACACACACACACACAUUCUGUUAGAGUGCACUUACAGACAGCGAAAUCCUCCUCCAAGGACAAAAAAAAAAUUCUCCUGCAAAAUCAAAAGUUCAAAAAUAAAUUAACAUCCCCCACCAGCAGCACUUCCCAUGUCUUCUGAGUCAUAUACUGUUGGGAGUCUAGAGAAAGAUGGAAGCAAGCAUGGAGCAGAUACUUUACUACAUAUAGAAAAAUCAAGAACUAAAAUAUUUUUCAUUGUCUAAAUGGCUUUUUUUAAUUUGCUAUGGUGUUUAUAACAAAAAGAAAAAAAAAUUGGAAAAAAAAAUGAGUGUAAGUAUCCAAGGCCUUUGGCUAAGUGUUUUCUGUUCAGUGUAAUGAAAAUAGGUAUUUGAAAAAAGACUACUAACAAUUUUGAUGGAAUUGUUGCUUAAACUACUUUUCUAGGAGAAAAUGCUAUUGAACUGUAAUUAUGCAUUUCUAAUGAAAUAAAUAAAUGUGUAUUUAUGA